AUGAUGAGCAGCGGAGGGAUCGGGGUGCCGCUAGGCUUCCCCUUGGGCCCCACGUCUGUCAUCCAGGUCACGAACGUCUCCUCGGCAGUGACCAGUGAGCAGAUGCGGACUCUCUUCGGCUUCCUGGGAAAUAUCGAGGAGCUGCGCCUCUAUCCCCCGGACAAUGCACCUCUUACUUUUUCCUCCAAAGUAUGUUAUAUUAAGUUUCGUGAAGCAUCAAGUGUUGGUGUGGCCCAGCAUCUAACAAACACAGUUUUUAUUGACAGAGCUUUGAUAGUUGUGCCCUGUGCAGAAGGUAAAAUCCCAGAUGAAGCCAAAGCCCUUUCUCUAUUGGCGCCUGCUCCUACUAUGGCAAACCUGAUGCCUGGUGCAGGGUUGCUUCCUAUACCUACACCAACCCCUUUGACUACACUUGGUGUUUCACUUGGCACUUUGGGGGCUAUACCAGCAGCAACAUUGGACCCUAACAUUACAACACUGGGAGAAAUACCACAGCCACCUAUUAUGGGAAAUGUGGACCCAUCCAAAAUUGAUGAAAUUAGAAGAACAGUCUAUGUUGGAAACUUGAAUUCACAGACUACAACAGCAGAUCAGCUGCUUGAAUUUUUUAAGCAAGUUGGAGAAGUCAAAUUUGUGCGAAUGGCAGGUGAUGAGACACAACCAACACGAUUUGCUUUUGUGGAAUUUGCAGACCAAAAUUCUGUACCUCGAGCUCUUGCCUUUAAUGGAGUUAUGUUUGGAGACAGACCACUGAAAAUAAAUCACUCCAAUAAUGCAAUAGUGAAGCCUCCUGAAAUGACACCACAAGCUGCUGCCAAGGAACUGGAAGAAGUGAUGAAGAGAGUAAGGGAAGCCCAGUCUUUCAUAUCUGCUGCUAUUGAGCCAGAGUCUAGAAAGAGCAGUGAAACAAAAGGCGGUCGAUCUCGUUCCCAUUCUCGUUCAGAAUCCAGGUCUAGCUCAAAAUCCCGAUCUAGAAGGAAAAGAUCACACUCAAAACACAGAAGUAGAUCUGGCAACAGGUCACUCUCAAGACAUAAGGACAGACGCAGAUCCAGAAGUCCCCUGAAAAAACGGUCUAGAUCUAGGGAAAGGUGGAAAUCAAGAAGUCGGUCUUAUUCUCGAAAAGGAGAGAGAACCGAGACACGAGAAGAGAGAAACUGGGACAUGAGACAGAAAGGGAAAGAGCGAGAUAAAGAAAGAAACAGGGAUAAAGACAAGAGAAGGACCGGAGAGAGAGAAAGAGCGCAUAAAGAUCGAGAGAGAGUCAGAGACAGAAGGGAUAGAGACAAGGAUAGGGAUAGAGACCGGGUAUAGGAGCGACAAGAUAGGGACAGGGACAAGGGGAGGAAAGGACAAGAUAUGGAAAAGAUCGAAGAGAAAAAUAGAGAUAUGAUAAAAAGAAGAAAGAGAAGAGAUCCGACACCCCCCAAGAACUAUAGCUCUCAUCAGAUAUCUCGUAGCUCCUCCAGAGAAAGGCGUAAAAGGAAGAGUAGAAGUCUCUCCAAGUCUCCUAAAACAACAAAAAAAAAGUCUUCACAAACUCCUUCUCCCACAAGUAAAUAUUUUCUUAAACGAAACAAGAAAGAAAAAAAAAGAGAAAAAGAGAAUAAUGAAAGAAGAGAAAGGGAAUACUCCACCUCCAAGAAAAAAAUUAGUAAAGAAAAAGAAGGAAAGGAGAAAUCUGACAAAAGCACCACUACUUUGAAGGACAAAGAUCACACUGAAGAGGAUCUGAAUUCAGAAACUGACAAGGAAGUAGACAAUAGUGAUACAGAAAGGACUGAUGAAAUCAAACUACAACAGAAUGGGAACUGUCAACCAAAUGAUGAAAACCUCUCAGUUAAAAUGGAAGAGUUUUAA